AGUACUGCUGUGAUAGGGUGACUGACUGCUUAAGCGUCAUACUCGGGUCUUCUGACUGACUUUAUGGGUCUUAGAAAACUUCAUUGUGGAUUCUUUGACCAAUGAUAUUUGUAUCAUGCCAAGGUGGUAAUGCUAAUUGUUUGGAAGCACAGAAAUUGUUUGGCAUUAUCUGCUUUUUUUUUAGUGUGUGCACAAGUUUAUUUGGCAAAGUUUGGAGGACAGCCCACCUUCCAGCACACACAGACCAAAAGAGAGAGAGAGAGAGGGACUCGUCACACUCCUCCUCAGGGAUUUACUUCUCCCCAGGGGGGCUAAGGGAAAGGACCUGCAGCCCACACUGCUCAAUGGGAACGGCGGGAAGAAACCGGGCAAUGAAAAGAGGGAAUAAGCGAUUGUAGGAGUGGCACACAUUUGAUGGAUUCUGUUUUCGUUUGGCACCGAGCAUGCCUCACUGGCAGCUUCUGGCCAUCGGCGCUACCUGCGUAGUCAUCUGCUUAGUAUCAGCUCUGGUCUGAACUGUCGCUGCAGACAUGGGGCCGGUCUGCUGUAAGCCGGACACCCUGAAGAAGCAACAUCUCCAAGGUGGAACAGGAGAGAAGGACCGUGCACCAAUCAGCCAUGAAUCCUUCCUGCUCAUGGCCAACUCCCAGACAGACAUGGAUGACUGGGUCAAGGCCAUACGGCGGGUCAUCUGGGCACCGUUUGGAGGAGGGAUAUUCGGCCAGCGAUUACAGGACACAGUGCAGUAUGAGAAGAAGUUUGGCCCCCGAUUGGCUCCGCUGCUAGUGGAGCAAUGUGUGGAUUUCAUCAGGGAGAGGGGCUUGGACGAGGAGGGUCUCUUCAGAAUGCCGGGCCAGGCCAACCUGGUCAAAGAUCUGCAGGAGGCUUUCGACUGUGGCGACAAGCCUCUUUUUGACAGCAACACAGACGUUCACACCGUGGCAUCCUUGCUGAAGUUGUACCUGCGAGAGCUGCCUGAACCUGUCAUUCCCUUCUGCAAAUAUGAAGACUUUUUAACAUGUGCACAGCUUUUGUCCAAAGAUGAGGAGGAGGGAGUUCAGGAGCUCGGGAAGCAAGUUAACACACUACCUCUGCCUAAUUACAAUCUGCUCAAGUACAUAUGCAAAUUCCUUGACGAAGUCCAAUCGCACUGUCAUGAAAACAAGAUGAGCGUCCAGAACCUCGCCACAGUGUUUGGGCCCAAUAUUCUUCGACCCAAGAUGGAAGAUCCUGUGACUAUCAUGGAAGGUACUUCUUUAGUGCAACACCUCAUGACGAUCUUGAUCAGGGAACACAAGCGUUUGUACUCAGGGAGGGACCAGGAGGGCUCCACGGCAGUCCAAGCGGAGCAUCAGCUCCUCAAUCGUAGCCUUGGCGCUUGGAUCUCCGAAGAGGACCUGCAGAGUUGCCCCGUAUCUAACCCAGAACAAGAACUGAACAGCAGUGCCUCGUCACUCGAAGCCAAACUGUGCGCCGCUGUCACCCCCAUGCAGAGCCCAAAACUAGGGUCUUCGUCAGCAAAGGGGGAGACAGUUGUGAGCCCGAGUAAACAAGCCAAGAGCAUCCCCUCGUGGAAGUAUUCUUUUAAAGGCUCCUCAACGCCUCGUUCGCAGCCGCAGCCAAAGCAGAGCGGCUCGGCGGUGGAACCCAGUGCAGUGUCUUCCGGCGGGGGAGGAAGCAGUAACUGGCUGAUGAAUGGUUUGUCUUCCUUAAGAGGGCACAGACGUACUUCUUCAGGUGAAAGAUCGGCCCGAGACCGCGACUCCACCGGUUCCUCACAAAGACUCUCCACCUAUGACAAUGUCACCUCCUCAUCCAGCAUGGGCAGCGUUCAGAGUGUAGGCAGCACUCCUUGGUCCACCUCGUCCUGUGAGAUCUCAGCGCCAGACUCUGGGAGCGGUGAUCCCUCGGCCCACCAUAACUGCGGAGCGGGAGGUGACGGCGGGGACAAGGGAGAGUGGACGGAAGUUCAGAGGGAGCCAGAGAGAGGGGGGACGACCACAGAUCCGAGCUCUGAACAGGAUAGCUGCGAGGCCAUGGAGCUUUGCAGCAGCAGUGCGGCCUGCAGCGAGAAUGGAAACGUGAGCAUGGUAGUUGGAGUACCGUCCAUCGUCACAUCCGACGACGGAGACGGAAUGAACGUCACCCUGAGCAGUCUGGUAGAAGGCCUCAAGGCCGAGCUCGGGAAACAAAAGGCUGCUUAUGAGAUCAGGAUUCAAAAGUUGGAGGACUCCAGCGCCGCUCUGUGUGCUCACAUGGAACGUUUGGAACAGGAGAUGGAGCAGGAGAAGAAGCGGCAGCGGAUGCUGGAGAUCAAACUGCGGAACUCGGAGCGAGCUCGGGAGGAUGCCGAGAACCGCAACAAACUCCUGGAGAAGGAGAUGGAGGACUUCUUUUCCACUCUGGGAGAUCUUACCAUGAGUACGAGAACCAGCGAUAUUUGACCUGACCGACGGGACGACGCCAGGGUUUGUUUUUAGAAAAGGGCUCACGGCAUCCUCGGUGCCGCAGGACGCUCGGCCAUGUUUUUGUGCGUUGACAACAACGCCGGCGGAAAUGUGGCCAGACUGUUUUGGAAUGAGUCACAUGGUACAUGAAUGCAGUCACUUCUUACUGGUGAGCACUGACCAAUGUGACCUAAUUGUAGCAAGUCAAAUGAUGAUUGAAUGCGAUUUGUCUCUGCUGUUUCACAUGUAGAUGAAUGUUUGCUAAAUAUUAAGAUACAUUAAACUACCCCCCCCACAAUCCCCAUUUAAAGGAAAUAGGGAUCAAAACUGUUGAGGAAUUGACCCCCCUCCCCUCCAAAAUAAAACUGUCAUACCAAAAAAUGACACCUAAGUAGUUAGCUUGAGCUUUUUAAUAGCGACUCAGCGGGGCGAAAACAUGUGGCUAAGUCUAGAUAUAACAUCCCAGGCUAAGCUUAGCUCCUCGGAACACAAGAGUAGUUUUUUUUUACAUAAAUAGCUGAGGAUAAGGACCACAGAAAUAGACACAAAUAAAUUUGUGAAUAGAGAACUGCAAAUAGGAGUUCACCAUAGUCACAAAUUGUGUUUGGAGGGGGGCGAUUUAAUAUUAUUGAAGAUAGGAAAUGGCUAUUGUACUUAAGUUGCCAGUUCUCCACUUCCAUCUUGGAGCAUAAACACAUACUUCUAUUCUGUUUAGACAGUCAGCUAGUCUUGCCUGCGUUUGCCCUCAGGCCCUUCCAGUGCCUCUUUAGUUACAUGACCUACAGGUCAUCCCUCGAGUGUGUUGUGGUUUAAAACGAAGGCCUGUUCAAAGUGAGUCAGACCUGGCGGCCAUGUUGACUUUGGAACAUGAAGCUCAACACUGCCCUUAAAGAAACAAUGGUAUUUCCUAGUUGUGCCUUCAGGGAAGUCCUUUUAAAUAUUGACGUGAAUAAAAAAGGUUAGCGCCGCCUGACCCGGUCCACAAGCGUAACCUCCCUCUAGACCGUUUAACUCAACAAAAGUGCUGAUGACCAAUAUCUUAGAAGGUGCCAAUUAUUGUGAAAGUGAUUUAGUGCUUUUGAAUGGAAAGAAUGUAUCCUUGUAGUGAAUGUAAUUGUGUUUGAUGAAGCCAGCCUGAGAGGAAAUGCACUGGUCAGCGAUUCCUCCAUUUUGUGUCUUGGACUAACUCUCUUGGGAAGAACAUGAAGCUUGUGCAUAUUUUGUUCAUGGAGCCACUGCAUGCUGAUUAAAAAUGACUCAACAAAAGGGCCCAAUAACAAAAAUGUGCUUUAGUAAAAACCACUUGACUGUUGUUUAUUUUAACUCUACUGCGUUUUAUAAGCAGAUGUUAGGAUUUUUAUUGCACAGGAAUGUCACAGAAGACUACUACCAACUUCACUUGUUAUCACAGCAGUCCAAUACAAACAUUUAUUUUCCUCUUAUGUAUGUAUGUGUAUGUACGGCUAUGUCACAAUGUCUUGAUGGCUCAUCAAUGGUGCUUUUUUAUUUAUUUGGAUAUACAUAAUUGUAAUGAAUAGACACCUAUGGAGAAUAAAGCUGACAUUGGGUUCAUCGAA